UCCCAGAACACCAGGUUUACACCUACAACGCUGAGGGCGAGAGUCCCAGAGGUGGAGCGUCUCAGACACGUCCCGGCCCUCCUGACAACGUCAGCCUGAUGAACGAAUCAUCCCUGAGGCCCAAUCACAGCAGAGCACUGCGAGAUAAAGGUGAAACAGAGCUGAGGGCGAAAGCACCAGACGACCAGGAGGAGCAUCUGAAACUCUCUCGCUGCCUUAGCGACCCCGGUCAAAACAGAGAUGAGGAGGGGGACGGCUCCUCCCUCUCAUGAUGAAGCACAUGUUUACAUGUUUCCUCCUCGUCUCUCCUCGUGUCAUCAGUUACGUUCAGUCAGUGAAAAUCACUGGAUGAACAAUCGGAGCAAAGCUUUAUAUUUGGGAUCAUUUUUACGUUUAUACCUGAAUGUCCAGAAGUUCAUAUUUCAUCACACUACAGAAUGCACCACAGCCAUUUCCUGUUUCAGUGUGAGUCACAUUGAGUCUUAACACGCACGUGUGCAUUAAGUAGUACAAGAAAAAGACAAAAGCACCUUUACCAAACUUGAAGCACCAGAUGGGUGGAGUUUACCGCUCAAAGCACAUUAGUAGGAAUAACACAGAAUGAAUUCUGAUGGAUAACUGAUCAGAUAUCAGCUCGUGUCAGUGUUGACCAAAAGGAAAAAUACUUUUCAUAUCAGAAAUGCUUUAAUGUAUUUGAGUUCAUUUAGAAGGAGCUCGUCCAAACUGCCAACAUUCGCUGUCCCCACAGGACGAGUCCUGUGGACACGUGUGGGAGCUGCUGGACUGUGAUGUCAUUUGGUUCAGAGCACAGACGGCAAAUAAAGAUGCUCGGCACAGCUUCCCUUCCUCCUGCUGUGCCGACUGUAAGCCAAAGUAUCAGGGUUCAGAACCUAUACUGCAAGCAGCCACCGGGGGGCGAUCAAAAUUCUUUGGCUUCACUUUUUUGGGAGCUGUCACGUCGUCCAUCUUUGUAGUUCGUGGGCGUGAUCAAAGCUGUUGUGCUAAUUAACAGAAUAUCUGCAUCAGUAAAAUCUUUCCUAUCAGGCUCAGCUUUGUGCCAUUUAGCCGUAUGUUAGCAUGCUAUCGUGCUAUACUGGGAUCAACAUGUUAAAACAGUGAGUGUGUUAGCAUUUAGCUCGAAGCACAGCCUCUAACUGUACAAUGUGCUGCUCUGUACGUGUCGUGGUCUAAAAUGUUUCAAAGAACAAAAGAAACUUUAAGGGAUUUUAUAUAAUCAUUGUGUUUUUGUAAAAAAAAAAAAAAAAAAGUUAUGUUUGUAUCUGCCUCAAAAACACUGGCCGUGAAGUAUUAUGGAACAAAGUGAACCACAGUAACUUAUUUCUAACUGUCGACUGGUUGGUUGAAUAGAAAACAUCAAUCUGUUGAUCCAAGCAUGUUCAAACAACUUUAAAGAGUCAAGAACAAACUGAAAGUAUUAUAAUAUGACCGACGUCUGUGAACAAACUCAGCACUGUUGAUGUUUCAGAUGUGGACGCAUGACGGAUCAGUGUUUUCUCAGGGACCGCAGCUUGGCACAUGAUUAACAGAUGCCCACUGCAACAAAGAAAAUAAGUGUUUCUGUCCAAAAUGUGCUCCACGGUGAUUCAUUUGUAAUGUGAGCGUCGAUAAGCUCAAGUGUUUGUUGUGCUGCGAGCUUCAGUAACAUUCCCACAGAGACGCAAAGCUCCACGUGUGUGUGUUCUUCUUAUCGGAGCAUGUUUAUCCUGAGUCUGCUGCACUGCACUGGACUGCCUGAGCUUCUGCUGCCUGCACACGUUUGCCUUAAAAUGUUUGUGCUUAAAAUGUGUGUUUGCCAGUUUUUUGUUUUUUUUAUAUCAUGAAAAGAAAAACUUGAGGUUUUAAAAAUGUGUUAAAUGGAGAAAAGCUUUAAUUCCUGUCUGAAAUAAAAGUUUACCAUCGUUAAUGUUCAGGAAUGAUGGGCGUGGAUUUUGUUGGAUUUGGGAAAAUGGAGCAGGUGGAGAGAAAAUCAGCAACACGUUAAAGACACAUUACAUUUUACAUAUUACAGUCUUUAACGAUGUUACAUCACAGCCUGUGAGGGAGGAAUAAGUUCCACCUAUCGUGGGUCUCAUUGGAAAUUCCAGAGUCUAAAUAACAGGGAGUUUAAAGUCCCCAACAUGACAACCAGCAGUUUGUGAUGAGAUUAUCACAACGAGAACAACAAACACUCUCAGGCAGCAGCAGCACAACCAGGAGCUAUGGACUUCAGCGGCACCUGGAAAGUUUAUUCUGAGGAAAAUCUGGAGGAGUUCCUGAAGAUAGUUGGUGCACCUCAGAUGGUUGUCAAAAUGCGUAAGGAGGUCAAACCGGUGAUAGUGAUCGAGCAGAACGGCAAAGAUUUCACCUACACGAUGAAAACUCCCGUCUGCACCAAAGUUCACUCGUUCAGCCUCGGACAAGAGACAGAGAUGGCGUCUUUGGACGGCAGGAAGUUCAAGUGCACCGUCAGAGAGGAGAACGGGAAGCUGAUCGCUGAGACUGAUAAAUUCACCUCUGUCCGAGAGCUCCAGGGAGAGGACAUGGUCGAGACGGUCACUUCUGGCUCAGUAACCUUCGUCAGCAGAAGCAGACGAGUUUGAUCGGCAGCUGUCGGCUCAUCCAUCGUCCUCUGACCCUCUCAGCCGAGGGCCGAGGGCC